AUGACAGCGUUUCUGUCCGGAGAGUGGACCGCAGGCCGGAAGAGGAUGGCGGCGGCCGCUCUGAAACGCUUUUGGACCCGAGGUCGCAGAGAAACAGGUGGAGAGGAGAGUAGCGCGGCGGCUGCGAAGCCGGGCGUGUGGGCGCGACUAGGCGCCUGGGCGCGCGCACUGCUCCAGGACUACGCCGAGGCCUGCAGGGACGCGGCGGCGGCGGCGCGGGCCCGGCCAGGACGCGCGGCCUUGUACUCGGGGCUGUUGGGCGGUGUGGUGGCCUGCUGCGCCCUGGCGCCGAGCGAGACGGCCUUCGAGGAGGCGCUGCUUGAAGCGUCAGGGACUCUGCUGCUGCUGGCGCCGGCCACGCGCAAUCGAGACUCCGAGUCCUUCCUGCAGCGGCUCCUCUGGCUGCGGGGCCGCGGGUGCCUGCGCCAUGUGAACCUGGGGCCCUGUUCGCUCGUGUACGAGGCGCCCUUCGACGCCCAAGCCAGCCUCUACCGUGCCCGCUGCCGCUACCUGCAGCCCCGUUGGGUGGAUUUUCCCGGCCGGAUCCUGGACGUGGGCUUCGUGGGCCGCUGGUGGGUCCUGGGGGCCCGGAUGCGCGACUGCGACAUCAACCACGAGGAGUUCCUCCACCUGCCCCCGCAUUUGCGCGUCGUGGCUCCUCACCAGCUGCACUCCGAGGUCAACGAGCGGCUCUUCGAUGAGAAGUACAAGGCUGUCGUGCUCACCGACGAUCAAGUGGACCAGGCGCUGUGGGAGGAGCAGGUAUUGCAGAAGGAAAAGAAGGACCAGCUCGCCCUGAGCCAGGCCGAGUCGCUAGUGCAGUCGGAGGUCGCCAGAUGAAAACCAGCGAAGCUGCAGACCUGAGUGGCCUCCGAGCCACUGGUAGACCGUGCACCCCAGGAGGUGCAGCUGGCGAGAGUAACCCUGAGACACACUGCGUGCGUGUGGAAUGAUCCCUCGCUGGGUUGUCCUAAGUUUGAGAAACCUUUCUUUCCCCCUCUGUUCCAUGUUAAAUCAAAUUCACAGCUCCCUUGACAUAAGAGUUAGGGAGAGCUGGGGUACUUGACCGUGUCCGGUUACAAAUUUGCACGACUGUGCCUGGCUUUCUGGGAUCUAGUCUUGUAGGGUUUUUUUGUUUUUGUUUUUGAUACUGGGGAUUGAACUCAUGACCUUGCGCUUGCCAGGCAGGUGCUUAUGCCGCUGAGCUAAACCCCCUUGUCUUUUAUGGGUGUUUUCUGCCUAGGUUAGGUUUUGGUGCUUAUGACCAAAUCCAGAGUCUUGUGAAUGGGCUGUACCACUUAGCUAUAGUCCCCGUACUCCCGAAGUCCUCUUGUUCCUUUUUUAUAAUGUUUUUGUUUCAGUGUUUUUAAACACUAUUUUGUAAUAAUUUUAGUCUCACAUGAAACUGGUAACAUAAGGGGACAUCUUUCACCCAGCUUCCCUGUGAUGUAACUAAUUUAAACCCAGAAACUGACAUAUGAAUAUUUGGUUUUGAGAGAGAUGGCAAAAAAAUAACCUGAUUUUACCAUAUGUGUAUUGACUGUUACUGAAGGUAGCUUAGAAGGCUGUAAAGCAUGCACUGAUCUCAAAAUUUAUAUAGUCUACCCAGGCAUGGUGGUGCACUCUUGUAAUCCCAGCACUUGGGAGGCUGAGGCAGGAGGAUCUCUGCAAGUUUGAGACCAUCCUGAGCUACAAAGUGAGCUGAAGGCCAGCCUGAACUGCAUAUUGAGGUCCAGUCUCAACCAGACCAAGAAGAAAAAAAAAUUUAUAUGGACUCAGAAUUUCGUGUAAAAGGAUGUUAGGAUACUGGUACUUAGCUAGGUUGCAGGUAUCAUACCAACAAAGCUAAAGUAUUUGGGGAAUGAGACCAUCUCUGUCAUCUGGGUAGCCUGUUGCUAAAUGGUAAACCCAGGAAAGGAAACAGGAAUCUCUGGCGUGAUACUUUCAUUGGGGGGAGCUGGUUUUGCUUUAGUCAUGGUGCUGGGGAUGAACCCAUCUGGCUUGUCCCUGCUAACCACACUGAGCUACGCCCCUGGCCACUGCCCUAUGAUGUUUAUGUGUAUGUAUUGGCCGCUUAAUUUUUGGCACUUGAAAUUUUCAUUCCUAAUGUGGGUUUACUGAACGCACGGUAGUUUUUAAAUCUUUUAUUUUGAGGCAGGAGAGGUAUGAGUUUGUACGUACAGAGGAAAAACUGAGGUUGAGAAAGUUUAUUCUUUCCAAGAGUGUGGGAGAUCCAUCACUGAAAUUCUGCCUGCCAGCCCUGUGACUUAGUCCUUAGAGUAGAGUUGUGGUGCAGGUUGGCCAUGGUGGCCCACACCUGUAAUCUCAGUAAUGGGGAAGCUGAAGCCGGAGGUUUGCCAAGAGUUUGAGGUCAAUUUGGGCUACACAGCGAGUCUAAAGCCAGCCUAAACAACACUGGGCACCUGUCUCAAAGAAAGAAAAAGAAAAAUUGUGGUACAGUACUGCAUUUGAUACUAAUACCUUACCCAAAGUGUGCGUGCAGUGGGGCGAAGGGGGCUGUGAAUUUAACCCAGGGCCUCCGCGCAGGUGCUACACAGAGCCACAUCAGCAGUCCCCUUUGCCAGAAUUCAUUGAGUACGGCCACCAUUUGCCAUAAAUAGAACUUCAGUGCAGGAAACAUUCAAUACGUACAAAAAACAUGGCAGUGAGAGUAAAAGACCAAGCUAGGCACGCUGGUGUAUGCCUGUAGUCCCAGCACCCUGGGCAGCUGAUGCAGGAGGAUUGCAAUUCAAGUCCAGCGUAAGCGACUUAAUGAGGUCCUAUCUCAGAAAAGAGCUGGGCUCAGCCCCGGUAACACAGAAAGUAUUGGGAGAGGGGUGCACGCGUUGAUUGCUUACGUCAGUUACUAAAUGCCACUCUGACUCCUACCCAAGGGUGUCUCCUGCAGAAACCCAAGUCGACAAAAAGCUGUGGAGGUGAGAGUGGUGCCCCCAAAUAGUAACACCCAGCUCACAGCAUGGUUUGUGGUGCCUCGUCCGCCUGCAAUCUCCAUGACAUAUCUUUGGCCAGCAGCUUGGCUGCUCUUGCCGGAGUCCACUGUGUUUGGCCACCUCUCCAGUAACUCAGACAGCCUGGGUAUAAGGCCGCAGGGGAGGUGCUGCUGGGCCGGUGGGGGAGUAGGUGGCCUGGUGCUCAGCACGGGGACCCCCAUGUACUUCUGAGCUCCCUGCACCCACAGCUCAGCCUGUGAAAGGUGGAGCCAGGUGUGGUGUACACAGGUAAUGCCAGCACUGAGAGGCUGAGGCAAGAUGCCCAAAAGUUUGAGACCACCUUAAGGAGACCCUAAAACAGUUUUUAAGGGGCCUUGGUGUGUAGCACUUGCCUAGUGAUCAUGAGGCCCUGGGGGGGGGCGGGGGCGGGAGGCCUCAGAGCCUCAGAGAACAAUAGAGUGUCUCUCAGGACCCAGACGCAGGAAUCCCCAGGUCUGCUUUUCUUUUUCCAGUGUUUGUUUGUUUUGAGACAGGAUUUUGCUCUGCUGUUCAGGUUGGCCUUGAACUCACUACACGGCCCAGGCUGGCUUCCCGAGCACUGCAAUUACAGGCAUGUACCACCUCACCUGGCCUUGGUUUGGGGAUUUUGUGUGUGUGUGUGUGGGGGGGAGUUGUUGUUUUGGUUUUUUUGGUCUUUUUUUUUUUUGUCUUUUUAUCGGUACCAGGGAUCGAACUCACAACUGCCUGCUUGCAAGGCAGGCACUUAUGCCACAGAGCUAAAUCCCCAGUCCCUUUUUUGGUCUUUUUGAGACAGGAUCUCUCUAUGCAGUGCAGGCUGGCCUUGAGCCACUUUGUAGCCUAGGCUGGUCUUGAACUGGAACUCGCAACGAUCGUCCUGCCUCAGCCUCCCGAAUGAUAGUAUAUCCCAGGCUGGUCUGGAGCUCCCGGCAGAGCUGCCUCAGCCUCCCAGCUGCUGGGAUUACGGUUGUGCAGCACCCUACAGGUUUCCACUGUCCCUUAAACUGUUCUCCGGCAGGGCUGGAGGUGGAACCCGGGGCUGUGUACGUGCCAGGUAGAUGCUCCCGCUGAGCUGCGCUCCAGCAUCUACGUUUUAUUCUAGAUGAGACUUUGCGGAUCAGACCAAAGGUGGGCUCCCCACCCCCAGUCCUUACUGCACAAAUGGCUGUCCUUGCUGCUGCGGACUAGAAAAGCCAGCAGAGGGCGCCAGAGACCCAUUUCAGAGAGUGGCCUGUUCCCCGCCCUGUACUAGCGGGAAGCUCCAGGCUGCUGUCCUUCUGGGGACCCGAGGCAGGGAAGCGGUGUGACCUGCCAGCGUACAGGGUGAGUUCAAGGGCAGCCUGGACUGCACAGUGAGGCCCCGCUCAGAAAUAACAAAUGGAAAGGAUGGGCCAAGUGACUGGGCAGGGGAGGACUAAGGGACAGUGUCUCUCACUGUAAUAGUUCCUUGUUCCAGCCUCUGGAUGGAAGCACCGUCUGGCAUCACAUCUGGUUUUUUUUUUUUUUUUUUUUUAUCGGUACGGGAGAUAGAACUCAUGACUGCCUGUUUGCAAGGCAGGCGCUUAUGCCACUGAGCUAAAUCCCCAGCCCCUCACAUCUGGUUUUGACUCUUCGUCUGCAGCAGGGACCUGGUUUGUGGCCCUGAGGUGCAUCUCGUGGGGGGUGGGUGGGCCCUGGCACCGCCUCAUCCCUCAGGGCCCUGCGAGCUGGGGCCGCCCCGCAAGGCGCUCAUCGCAGAGCGGGGUCGCACAGGGCCGCCUGCGUGGGUGUCGGGUGCAGUCCAGGCCGGCGGGUCUUGCUUUCCCUGUGCGCAGAUGGACCAGAUCCAAAAUACCAGAGUCCCAAAAUACCCCCUGGGGGGGCGCGGCCCAGUGGGGAUGGCGCUGGAGCGCCUGCGUCCCUGCCUGCCUGCCUGCCGUGGGGCUCACUUGGGGCUCGCUUUCCCUUCCCCAGCCUUUCGCUCUGCAGCAUUACAUAGUUGGAGUCACCCAAUAAGCUCUUUUUUUGUUUUAGUUUGUUUUUUGAGACAAGAUCUUGUUGUGCAGUGCAGGCUGGUCCUGAGCUCACCCUGUAGCCCAGGCUGGCUUCAGUCUAGCGGUGUUCCCCCGCCUCAGCCUCCUGAGUGCCGGAAUGACAGGUGUGCUCUAGAUACAUAGACUCAGAUCGGCUCUUUCUCCUCUGGUUCCGAGGGCGGAACACAGGGCCCUUUGCGCUGAGCUCCAUCCUUGGCUCGCUAGUGUUUCUGUUGAGACAGGGUUUCAGUAAGUUGCUAAGUUGCCCAGGCCGUGAGCUUCCUGCCUUAGCCUCUUGGACUUUGUGCCACCCAUACCAAAUAAAGUUGCACUAGUAAAAUGACA